CCGGUAAAUGCCGUGUGCGGGCGGGCGGCGCUGCCUGGGCUGCCCCGGCCCCCUGUGCGCGGGCGGCCGCCUCCCCCGCCUCCUCCUCCUUCUCCUCCCUCGGUACAUGGCUGGCGGGCCGUACUUGUCACGCUGUCACCUCCUCCCCGCCGGCGACGGCCCCAACUUCCCCCCCAGCUCGGCUGCCGCCGCCGCCCGGGGCCACCGCAGCGGCAUGGGAUAGAGCGCGCUCGCCUCAGCGCUUGGCCGCCGCCUCCGCCGCGCAGCCCGGCGCCCCCGCCGCACGCUCCUUCUGCAUCCCCACCUCCUGUUUAAACUCCUCACCCCUCCGUGUGUGUCUGUCUCUGUCUGUCUGUGUGUGAGUGUGUGUGUGUGUGUUUGUCGCCACCGCCACGUCCCCUCUUGCCGUGGACCCCCCCCCCCCCCCCGUCUCCCCGUGUAGCCCCUUCAGCGCCUCCUCCCUCGCCGCGGAGCCCCCCGGAGCGGCCUGGCCUGGGGUGGAACGCAGCAGCUGUUUGACAUCACGGCAGCACAUGAGGCAUUGGGAUGAGAAGUAGAACUCCACUGUGUCCAGUAGAAACUAUGAAGAAUUUAAGAUAUAUGUUGGGGAAAGGAGGAAAGCGCAAGUUUGACGAGCAUGAAGAUGGGUUGGAAGGCAAAGUGGUGUCUCCCACUGACGGUCCCUCUAAGGUGUCUUACACCUUACAGCGUCAGACUAUCUUCAACAUUUCCCUUAUGAAACUUUAUAACCACAGGCCAUUAACCGAGCCAAGCUUGCAAAAGACAGUUUUAAUUAACAACAUGUUGAGGCGAAUCCAGGAAGAACUCAAACAAGAAGGCAGCUUGAGGCCCAUGUUCAUGACCGCUUCGCAGCCCGCCGACCCUCUCGGCGACAACUUCCGCGAGGCCCAGCCGGCGUUCAGCCACCUCGCCUCCCAGCCCCUCCUCCCCACUGACUUCGUAAGCACUACGCCCCUGGAGUCUUGCCUCACCCCAGCCUCUUUGCUCGAGGACGACACUUUUUGCACUUCCCCGACUGUCCAGCACGAUGGUCCGACAAAACCACCACCUCCUGCUCUCCAACCAGUAAAGGACAGCUUCUCCUCAGCCUUGGACGAAAUCGAGGAGCUUUGUCCAGCACCUACCUCCGCAGAGGCAGUAGCAGCGGAAACAGCAGCCGAUGACUCUAAAGACCACCCCAGCCAGUCCAACGUUCAAAAGCCCGAGGGCCUCUCAGAGAGCAGAACAGCCGAGUCGAAGCUCAUGGAUUCGCUACCUGGCAACUUCGAGAUAACAACUUCUACAGGUUUCCUCACAGACUUGACCCUGGAUGAUAUUCUGUUCGCUGACAUUGAUACGUCCAUGUAUGAUUUUGACCCCUGCACGUCUGCCACGGGGGCUGCCUCAAAAAUGGCUCCUGUCUCAGCAGAUGAGCUCCUCAAAACUCUUGCUCCGUACAGCAGUCAACCAGUUACUCCAAAUCAGCCUUUCAAAAUGGACCUCACAGAACUGGAUCACAUCAUGGAGGUGCUUGUUGGGUCUUAAAAUACAGACAUCUAGCAAUUUUUUUUUUUUUUUAAAUAAUUUUAAGUACCAGUAUAUACACUCAGUAGUAUUUCCAUAGUCCCUCCCACCCGAUUCACAGCACUGUGCAUGCGUCCUUGCUUGCCUUUUUUGAAAAGAAAAGGAUCACACUAGUUUUUGCUUCAAGCAGAGUUGGAGUGCCUUCAUCCAUGUAUGACCACUUCUAAUGUAUUUUUUUUAAAGUGGUUCCUCAAGGAAGACCGAAUAUCCUGGUAUAGGAAAGAAUAUGUAUUGUAGACAAUGUUAUGUUAUUACAAAAAGAAAAAAAAAAAAAAAGAAGAAAAAAAAUGGUAAGAGCUAAGCACAAGGAUUAUGUUGGGGAAAGCUGUAAAUUGCAUGUGCAUAUUUGUCUAUUUUUUCUAUAAGUUUUAUUGCGAGAGGUAAAAAAUUUUAUUAUUUAGAUAAUCUCAGUACCAUUUUAGCCCUGUAUAGGUUGACUUAGCAAUUCAGCCUUUUGGAGGCAUUAACCUGCUCCUCUUUAAGUGUUGCAUUUACAUGGCUGUUUAGAAACUGCUGCCCAAAUUUAUUUUCUAUUUUUGUACAGAUUCUGCAGUUUAUGAUAUUGUUUUUUCUAAAAACAAAUGCUGUUUAUACACACACAAAAAAAUAGCUAUUUUGAUAGGAUUUGCUCACAUAGUUCCUGCAUAAUUCAGAUGUACAAGAACCACUUGUACUUUUAUACAGAGUUGUAAUGUUUUAUAUGUGUAUGGUGCAAAGAGAAAAUUGGAUCAAAUAAGCCUGCAGUCGGUUUCCCUGAAUGCAAACAAAAAAGUGCUUUAAGAAAGGGCUGGGAGCUGCUUCUGUAGGAGUUUCACAAGUGUUUGCUCCCUGCUGUACCCACUGCGCACUACUGUGAUUCCUGAAACUUAGAGCCAUGUCCUUUUCCAACACGUAUGUGAAGCAGUUGGCAGGAAACAGUUGUGGAACUUCACCCAAAGAGGUCCCGAGCACCGCAGCGGCUGCAGCCCCCGAGCCCGCCUGCAUCCCCAGCUGGGGUGCCCAUCCUGCGGGAUGUGGAGCGCCUUAAGACGGCGGCAGAUCAGCACGUCCUCACCCGAAGCUCCUGGGAAUGGUUUUGAGGAGGAACAUGCCCCUUGCCCACUGAGAGCCAAGCUCUGGCUGCCAUCUUCCUGACCGACGAGCGUACAUGUGGAGCGGGCAGAAGACUGGUGUUGACAGCAUCCACUCGCCCUUUCUUGGAGCAUUUCUCCCUCCCUCUCCCCACCUCACUGUGCUAAGUGCUGAAAAAGGCAACUUCAGUAUUACUGCAGUGAAGCUCAUCUCUUACCUGCACUGGAUGGACUUGCUUGAAUAUCCAUUGCUGUUGAAACUGGAGCCAGUCGUGUUACAUCACUUGGCAUCUCGUAUAGGGUUGGUUUCUUGUAUCAACUGUGUUACCUGCUUUACACUUUAUAGACCUGUUUUACAAUGAAUAUACAGACACAGCUUUCUAUGCAUGGUCCUGUUCCCCCUAACACCUGAGGCGUCUUCUCGUUACUGCACCAAUAGCAUUUUUUAAGUUCAUUGUGGUGUACAUUUAAUUUAAAAAAAGAUAAAGAAUAAUGUUUGCAA